GGAAUCUGCGCGUGGGGCUUCGCAGGAGGUAACCAAUCAAUACUCUCCCAAUUCCUCCGAAACAAGCGCUGAACUUCAAGACUGGAUUUAAAGGGACAAAUAUCUUUUAAUCAUCUCAGAGUGUCUGAAAUGAUCUACCCGGGCAGAGGAGCAUCUCUCAGUGUGGCCGUGGCGCUCGUACUGUUCUCAUCGGGAGCUCCGUGGACUUUCCGAGAGGAGAAGGAGGAUGUAGACAGAGAAGUGUGUUCAGAAAGCAAAAUCGCAACGACGAAGUACCCGUGCGUAAAGUCCACUGGAGAGGUGACCACAUGCUACAGAAAGAAGUGCUGUGAAGGUUUCAAGUUUGUCCUGGGUCAGUGUAUUCCAGAAGAUUAUGAUGUGUGUGCCGGCGCCCCGUGUGAACAGCAGUGUACGGAUCAUUUCGGUCGGGUUGUUUGCACCUGCUAUGACGGGUAUCGAUAUGACCGGGAACGACACAGAAACAGGGAGAAACCAUAUUGCCUGGACAUUGAUGAAUGUGCCAACAAUAACGAGACUGUGUGCUCACAGAUGUGUGUGAACACUCCCGGCAGCUACCGGUGCGACUGCCACAGCGGCUUCUACCUGGAGGAUGAUGGGAAGACAUGCACCAAGGGCGAGAGAGCUCCACUCUUUGAAAAAUCAGACAACGUCAUGAAAGAAGGCACGUGUUCGGCCACAUGCGAGGACUUCCAUCAGAUGAAGAUGACUGUUCUCCAACUCAAACAGAAGAUGUCCUUAUUGUCGAGCAACACCGAGAUCAAUAAGCAGAUGACCAAUGAAAAAAUGAUGAUGACGACAAAUUCAUUUUUACCUGGACCUCCAGGGCCUCCUGGGCCUGCAGGGACGCCUGGAGCCAAAGGAUCCUCUGGCUCUCCUGGACAGAUGGGGCCACCAGGCUUACCUGGUCCCAGAGGUGACAUGGGACCCAUUGGACCCUCCCCUGACCUGUCGCAUAUCAAACAGGGUCGACGUGGCCCAGUGGGUCCUCCUGGGGCUCCAGGGAGAGAUGGCAUGAAGGGAGAGCGAGGGUUUCCCGGCCCUUCCGGACCUCCAGGCCCACCAGGAUCCUUUGACUUCCUGUUACUCAUGAUGGCUGACAUUCGUAACGACAUCGCUGAGCUGCAGAGUAAAGUCUUCAGCAGACCGUUACAUUCUUCAUUUGAGGAUUUCCCAUCUGCCCCGGACAGCUGGAGAGACACACCGGAGAACCUGGACUUCGGAUCCGGCGAAGACUACAAAUCCCAGAGCCCUCCCAAGAGCAGCAGGAAGAGGAAAUUACCUCGGAACUUAAAAAAUCCCGAUUGGCCGGUUUGAGACUGUCAGUAAACAAUACAAGAACUGAAAAAACUGAUGGUGUAAAUAUUACAGAAUGACUGCUAUUUAACUGUAUACUCGCUGAGGAAAGAAGGCUGAAUAUAUUUCACUGUAUGAAAUUUCUAUUUUUAUAACAUAAAAGAUGUACAUUUUUUGUAA